CCCGGCCGUGCUGCCCACCCACAGCGGGGCAAAACCGCUCCAAAAUCCACACACAAGGAGACUCAGAGCCUGGGGGCUGUGAGGGGCGUGCCCGGGAGCAAAAAGGGAGGAAAAAACAGCUUAAAGGCAACAAAAGUACUUGAAGAACCCCCCGAGGGCAGAAAUAGCCCCGGUGACCUCGUUCAGCAGGAGAGAACAGACAAAUCCAUGGCAGGAGAGGAGCAGGUGCACCGGGAAGUUGGUGUGGGAUAUAAAGCCCCUGUGUCUGAUUUGCAUCCCAAGAACCUCCAUCUGUCAGUGACGGAGGGUUUGGGAGGUCACAGUGAAGGGCCAUCCAAGAAUGAGCUCAGCAGCCUGGAGAGGCUCAGGGACAGCAGGGAGCAGAUGGUUGGAGUGUCCAAGCCCGUCCUGGGCACAGGGAGAGACCCAGGGCUGGCCCUGCACCAGUCCUGCCUCCACUCUCCCAAAUUCCAGCCCACCUGUUCAUCCCAGGCCUCUGGCAGGAGCACCUGGGCAGGAGCCACAGGCUUGGAGUGGUUUCCAGACUUGUAUCCUGAGCACGAGGGCCUGAGGAUCUUUCCAGGGAAGCAUUUCCAAGAAGAUGUGGGGAUCACAGUGAAGGCACCAAGGGGCAGUUUCUCCGAGGGACACCGAGGUCCCCUCUCGGAGAGGCCCCUGAUGGAGGUGAGGUUGGGGGAGCUGCACUCCUGGAUCAGCACCUGCGACUUCUCUCCCCAGGGACUGCUUGGAGCAGUGCAGAAAGCCUGGAACAGUUAUUAUGCCAAAUACAUGAACGUGAGGAGGGGGGGACACACUGGGAUCUCCAUGCUCCUGACUGGGUACUGCCUGCUCAGCUACAGCUGGAACUAUCAGCACUUCAAGCGUCACCGCUGGCGUAAAUACCACUGAAGGAGCUGGAGCAGCACCCACAGGACGGUCACAGCUCCUUGGGAGGCAGCAGAAGUGCUCACAGCCAGUGUCCCAGCAGAUUCCCAGCACAGAGGCCUGUUUGCUGUCAGGACAGGGGCUGGAAGGUGGGGGGCUGCUUGGCAGGGGCCCUCGUGCAGCAGAGGGGUGACAGUGACAGCCCGUGGUCACCCCUCUGUGGGUCAGGGAGCUUUCAGUAGAGAAAUAAAGAAGCAUUAGAGCUACCCCUGAGAGAUCCAUGUGUGCAGUAGAGCUCUUGGAGUCUGCAGAAUCCCAAAUCCCUCGCUUUGGCACGGCAGACACAGGACAGGCUCCUGCCCUGAGCUGUUAUUAGAGAUUAAUUGACAUUAUGCUGUAGCAGUGAGGUUUGUGGCAGGGUGGGCUUCAAUCCCAAUAACAAUUCCCUUUAAAUUCCCCCGGCAAAGCCCAGUUUAUACUCACCCCGUGUACUGGUGGGACUGGUCAGAACCUUUGGGAAGGCACUAAAGUACCAGCUCAGACCACAGUGCCCUAUUUCUGGAGGAGAAACAUCCAUUGUAGGAGUUGUUGUGCCCAAAGGGCAAACCCGUGUCUGCAUCAGACAGACAAGGAGACAGGAGUGCUAGUUGGAGCCUGCCAUUCCCAAACAUGUCUGGGAAAGGGUUGGUCAUGUUGCAGGCAUGAAAAAUAAAGCCAAGAAUUAAAGAUCUGAGCUCUUUAUUCAGCGAGGUGCAGUAGUGCUGUGUCGGAGGUGGUUCACGAGAAAUUCUCUCACCAGCAAUAAAAACCUCUGUGGAUUUUC